GUCCAGCCGCUCACCGACACAACUGUGAUGAAAAAUGUAUAAGCAGGACCUUAUUUUACUGAUAUGCGCGUGUGGUGCGCUAGCAGCACUCGACGGCUACAGCCCGCAGCAAGACCCAGACCAGUUCCACAUACAGACCGACGAGGACGACGAGCGCUACUUCCUUUACCAGACCCACAACGGGCAGUACAGAAAGGAGCGCAGGCUGAAAGAUGGAUCCGUUGUCGGUACGACUGGAUGGGUCGGUGCAGACGGCUACCUACGGUUGCAAGACUACAUAGCUGACAAUGAAGGCUACAGAAUAUACAAAUCUAAGACUGUUUUUGUGGGACAGAACCGACCUAUUGGGGAGUCACUGAAAAUAGCAAAAACCGCACCAACAGACUCUGGCUUCGGCGUGACACCCGCACCAGCCCACCGACAGGUGCCAGUGAAUCGAGGCACCCCUCGCUUCAGCACCACCACCCAAACCCCAGUGCCAUCUUCAACCUUCGCCCCGCCUUACCCCUCGGAAGUUUCCAUCACAGCUCGCCUCCCGACCUCGACACCUCGCGUUCACGUAUCGCCAAACUCUGUCGAUACCUCAACCCCGCACUACGACUUCAGACCGAUAACCUCAAGCGAAGCUUCACCUCCAAACUCGUACGACACUAACAGCAUCGAUGAUGGCUACUACGCCAGCGACAGCACACCAUACAGAAGAGUCGACAUCUACAACCCAAAUUCUUAUAGACACGCGGAUGCCUGGCUCGCUAGGCAGAGAGCCGGAGCACAGAUCGGCGACGGUUACACUCCUCAAUUCCCUGGUUACGAUGGCGUAGCGUUUAGGAGAAACGGGUUCAGGUAUUAUCUACCGAAACAGUACCAUGAGGAGGAAACCGAUAGUUCUGACGAACGGACGGGCAGCUUCGGAUACGUAGACCCGUUCGGUAUCCGCAGAGUCAUAUACUACAACACCUCGCCAGGACAAGGAUUCCAAGUACGCAAGAACAAUAGAUAUGUCGGCCAUGACGCCACGCCUUACGACCCGAGGCCGUUAAAAUAAAUUAAUGUGCUUAAAAAACUUUGUAAGUGAAAUAUAGUUACCUAAUUAAAUUAUUAACUUUGAAUCAGUAUUGUUCACAUGUGACUAAUUAAUGGAGACAAAACGAUUUUCGAACGACGCGAACACUUAGCCAUUAAUUUUACUUGUAAGUAUAAUUAAGUAAUUAAAAAUGUAAAAAAAAUGAUGCUCAUAAAUUAAGUUAUUUAACGAAUAACUUGCGUUUGUAAAAUGAGUGUAAUGAGUUAUACUAAUUAUGUUU